AAUUCCGAGUUAACGGCGUGUCGACGACGCCCUGUUUGUGUUGAAUGUUGAUCGUCCAGUGUGCUACCCGUCGUCUCGACCAGAGUGUUAAAGGAUUUUCCAAGGGGUUUUUCCACCGAGAACCACCGAAAAAAGGGGAUUUUCCAGUUUUCCCAGAUAACAGGCGGACUCCUCGGGUGCCAGUAUGCAGACAAUCAAGUGUGUCGUUGUCGGGGAUGGGGCGGUGGGUAAGACAUGCCUUCUGAUAUCGUACACGACGAACAAAUUCCCGUCAGAAUAUGUGCCAACUGUAUUCGAUAAUUAUGCUGUGACUGUCAUGAUCGGCGGCGAACCCUAUACCUUAGGGCUGUUCGACACUGCAGGCCAGGAAGAUUAUGACAGGCUAAGGCCGUUAAGUUACCCGCAGACGGACGUGUUUUUAGUGUGUUUUUCCGUUGUAUCGCCUUCUUCGUUUGAAAACGUCCGAGAAAAGUGGGUGCCUGAAAUAACACACCACUGUCAGAAAACGCCGUUUCUCCUUGUCGGGACGCAGAUUGACCUGAGAGACGAUGCGGCGACAACCGAGAAGCUGGCGAAAAACAAGCAGAAGCCGAUAACAUUCGAGCAGGGCGAGAAGCUUGCCAAGGAGCUAAAGGCGGUCAAAUAUGUCGAGUGCUCGGCGCUGACGCAGAAAGGACUCAAGAAUGUCUUCGAUGAGGCGAUACUCGCAGCGCUCGAGCCGCCCGAACCGGCCAAGAAAAGGAAGUGCGCCAUUCUUUAGAGGACGAGAAUUUUUUUUAUUUUAUUUUUAUUAUUUCUUUUUUUUUUUCAACACACAAUAGAAAAAGCACACACAUGCGUAUUCAAGGUAAACCAUAUUUUAGAAUGGAAAAAAAAAAUUACUUUUCCUUAGGGUCGGAGCAGUGUAUUAACGCUUAAGACGGCUGUCGAGCCUGAUUGCCACAGACAAUCUUAAAGAGCGUCGUUUUAAAACUCAUUUUUAUCAUUGAUUUAUAAAAAAGAAACAAACAAAUGUUUUUUUCUUCUUCCAUCCAUCAUAAACGGCGUUGUUCGCCGUGCCCUGUGUGCAUGUGUGUGUACGCUUUAAAACUUGUAAUAACGGUUUCUUUUUCUUUUUAAUCCGAUUUCCAGGUCGAAGAAAAAGAACAGAGCUUUUUCCCUCCUGUCUGUCUGUAAAUAAUAAAAAUCAAUAAAAUUUCGGGAAAAUUAAAAAAAAAUUCUAUACCGUUUAUUAUAGAAAACACCAUCCGCGUGUCGUCCUUUUUCUUUUCUUUUUUUUU